AUGCGCGUCGUGAACAACUGGAUGGAGGAUCAUGGGCUAUCUCUUGCUUUGGCUAAGACAGAGAUUGUAAUCUUGACUAAGAAGAGGAUUGACACUGUCGUUCCUCUUCGCGUGGGUGGGGUGACUGUCCAAUCUACUCGUGCCGCCAAGUACCUUGGGGUUAUGGUGGACAAUAAGCUGACCUGGAGAGACCAAAUUUUCCGUACUGCGGACAAGGCCGCUAAGGUAGUGCAAUCCCUUAGUAGGCUAAUGGCCAACGUCGGUGGUCCCAGGUCUAGCCGAAGACGGCUCCUCAUGUCUGCAGUCCAGUCCGUCCUCCUGUACGGAGCUGAGGUGUGGGCAGAUGCAUUAAACAAGGAGGUGUAUCGGAUGCGGCUUGCUCGGGUGCAGCGACAAGCAGCUCUCAGAGGUCGCAUCAGCAUAUCGUACAGUUUCUGA